AAUCGUUGUCGCUGUGUGUUGUGUGUGCAUUUCGUGAUAAACAAUUUUGAAAAACAAUUUACGCAGAUUUGCGGGGCGAAAACCAAUCAAAAUGACGAAAUAAAUCAACAGGAAGUGUUUAAGUUGACGCACUAUCCGCCCGCUGAUAGUUAUACCGGUUAUCGGGUAACUCCACCCCAAAUCAACGGCAGCAGCAGCAACAACAACAGCCACCACCACAUCAACAAUAACAAUAACAACAUCUGUAGCAGCAGCAGCAGUAGCAGCAGCCACAACAACAACAACAGCAGCAUCAGCCACAGAAUGGACACCGACGAUGUGGAAUCAAACACCAGCAGUGCCAUGUCCACAUUGGGCUCGUUAUUCUCCUUCACAUCGCCAGCAGUUAAGAAGCUGCUGGGCUGGAAGCAGGGCGACGAGGAGGAGAAGUGGGCGGAGAAGGCCGUUGACAGUCUGGUGAAAAAGCUUAAGAAGCGCAAGGGCGCCAUCGAGGAGCUGGAGCGAGCACUCUCCUGUCCUGGUCAGCCUUCGAAGUGUGUCACCAUUCCACGAUCGCUGGACGGACGAUUACAGGUAUCCCAUCGCAAGGGUCUGCCACAUGUGAUCUAUUGCCGCGUGUGGCGAUGGCCGGAUCUGCAGUCGCACCACGAACUGAAGCCCCUCGAGCUAUGCCAGUAUCCUUUUAGCGCCAAGCAGAAGGAGGUCUGCAUUAAUCCGUACCACUAUAAGCGCGUGGAGAGUCCGGUUCUCCCGCCAGUUCUCGUUCCUCGUCACUCAGAAUUCGCACCCGGACACUCGAUGCUCCAAUUCAACCACGUGGCCGAGCCCAGUAUGCCGCACAAUGUCAGCUACUCCAACAGUGGAUUCAACUCGCAUAACUUGGGCACCAGCAACACAUCGGUGGGCAGUCCGAGCUCCGUAAACUCCAAUCCAAACUCGCCGUAUGAAAGUUUGGCGGGAACACCGCCGCCUGCCUACAGUCCCUCGGAGGACGGGAACUCGAACAAUCCCAAUGAUGGUGGCCAGAUGCUGGAUGCUCAGAUGGGCGAUGUCGCCCAGGUCAGUUAUUCUGAGCCCGCCUUCUGGGCCUCGAUUGCCUACUAUGAGCUUAACUGCCGGGUGGGCGAGGUGUUCCACUGCAACAACAACUCCGUAAUCGUCGAUGGCUUUACGAAUCCGUCCAACAACUCGGACCGCUGUUGCCUUGGCCAGCUGAGCAAUGUGAACAGGAAUAGCACCAUCGAGAACACACGCCGUCAUAUAGGCAAAGGCGUCCAUUUGUACUAUGUGACCGGGGAGGUGUACGCCGAGUGCCUGUCCGACUCUGCCAUUUUUGUGCAGUCGCGGAACUGCAACUACCACCAUGGAUUCCAUCCGAGCACCGUUUGCAAGAUUCCGCCGGGCUGCUCUCUGAAGAUCUUCAACAACCAGGAAUUUGCUCAGCUGCUGUCGCAGUCGGUGAACAAUGGAUUCGAGGCCGUCUAUGAGCUGACGAAGAUGUGUACCAUCCGAAUGUCAUUCGUGAAGGGUUGGGGUGCGGAAUACCAUCGCCAGGAUGUGACCUCGACACCCUGCUGGAUCGAAAUCCAUUUGCACGGGCCGCUCCAGUGGCUAGAUAAGGUGCUCACGCAAAUGGGUUCGCCACAUAAUGCAAUUAGUUCGGUAUCCUAAGCUUAAGACGAGGCGAGAUUCCUCAAUGGAAACGGAAAGAAAAACAAUACAAAACCAGUAGCUAAAUGAGUACGAGUGAGUGAAAGCUAAGUGUGAAAAAGACGUAGAGAAGACAGGACAAUGAAGAGAGCCUAGUUGCAAGUGUGCAACUCUUCUUCAGAUUUAAAUAUAGAUGUACGCAAGCUACUCCAAACACCCGCCCUUUGCCUAUAUUUUAUACUUUAUCGUAUGAUUUUCUAUGCGAACGUCAUUCCUAACGCUUAAUCGAAGUAAUGAGAAACAGCAGCGAGCUGAGAAACCAAUCACGAAAUGGUUUAACUAUUUACAAUGAUCUACAUGCUAUAAUAUUAAUGAUCUAUGCCCAUUGGCAAACAGUUGCUGUUCAAGUCUAUUUCAAGUGCUAAUUAUGUGUCAUUGCAAAGCUGCUUUAAAUAUAAAACAAAAACGAAAACAAAAAACACAAUUCAUUAAUCCUAAAAACUUAAAGUACACAAGCAAAAUGAAAUUGAUGUAAGGUUACGAUAAAAACUAUUGCAAUACAUUUCCCAAAAUGAUUUUUGAAAAGCGCAAUUUAAGUUUUAUUUUUCUCAUUUGCGGUUUGCCUAUUGCCUUUGAUCAACGAAUUAAACGUUCAAUUUAGUUGAUUUAAAUCUAUGGUUUAACUAAUUUUAAGUUGUAAGCAAAUCGAAAACCACAAAAAAUAUACCAACGAAAUUUAGGAGUGGGAAAAUAAUUACUGAAUCGAUAUAUUUUUUUCCAAACAAUGAUCUUUUGUUAUAUUAAGUGAGUGAAUAAUUUUGUUUAGACGAGGAGGAACUCCCCUUUUUAUAUAAAUAUACAUUUAUCAUUUUUAUAAACAUAUUCGUACAAUAGAGUUUUCGGAGUUUUAUGAAUUUGUUUUAAAAUAAAGAUUUUUUGCGUUUCGGCAGUAAGGAAAUGAAAUUUAUUAUUUUGAAAUAAAAACGGUUUCUGACUUAUGAGUUCAUUUACUAUUCUCAUCGGAUGUGUGCAAGACCUAUACUUUAUUAAGAUAAAGUUACUUAAAUAUGGAAAUGUAAAUUUAGCUGUAUAUUAGAGGCUUUGGUAGGAUACGGCCUUAUCUGAAAACUAAUGUAAUACCUGUGCCUGUUCGAUAUUCUACGUUGGCCUUUGAUGUUGCCCCAACUAAAGAGCAACUCAUAUUUAAUAUUAUUAAAAACAGAAAUACAAGUUACUGAACGAAAUAUUUGCCUUGAAGUUUACAGAUUUCAGGCAGCCACCAUAGAACGCUAUAAAUUGCCUUAAGCGCGUCUUGCAUGCCUCUUAAUGUUAAACUUGAUAUUGUAAUGGUAAAAAUAUAAAUUUAAAAUAAAUAUAUCAAACGAAA